AUGGCCGAUGACCAGCGAAUCUACCAGCUGACAACGAGGAGAAAUACAGUGGUCGAGGCUUUGGGUCGGGCAGAGGCUUUUUUAGAGGACUAUAUUGCUGAAAGAGAUCAGGCGCAAGUACAGUUGAGGUUGGAGUACUUGGACACGAUGUGGACUACGCUGGAGGAAGUGCAAGCUGAACUGGAAGCUGAAGCGAUAGAUGAUGAAGGUAGGGCACACCAUGCAUCAAUUCGUGCCAACUUUGAACCUCGGCUUUUUACAAUAAAAGCUUCUUUGCUUACUAAAUUGCCUCAACUUCCUGACGCUAGUAUCCCUCACUCUCUGCAUGCUAAUUCCGCUCUUUCUGGCAUCAAACUUCCGACGAUUUCGCUACCCGAAUUCGAUGGGGAUUACCAACAAUGGCUUACCUUCCACGAUACCUUUUUGGCUCUGAUUCACAAUAAUGCUGAUGUUCCGCCUAUUCAAAAAUUCCACUACUUGAAGGCUGCCGUUAAGGGAGAUGCUGCCCAGCUAAUCGAGACCAUUGCUAUAUGUUCUGCUAACUACUCACUAGCAUGGGGAGCACUUGAAGGUAGAUAUUCCAAUGAUUAUCUUUUGAAAAAGCGACAUCUGCAGGCACUCUUCGACAUUCCGCACAUGAAGAAGGAAACUGCUGCAACGCUACAUAGCUUGGUAGAUGAAUUCGAGCGCCACACAAAAAUUCUGCACCAAUUGGGGGAACCGACCGACGCAUGGAGUACCCUUCUUGAGCACCUGCUGUGUACGCGCCUCCACGAUGAUUCCCUCAAGGCCUGGGAAGACCACGCAUCUACAGUAGAUAACCCAAACUACACUUGUUUGAUAGAUUUAUUGCAGAGGAGAACACGAGUUCUAGAGUCGAUAUCCGUCAAUCACCAGCCUGCUUCCAACCCCGGUUCCAGUAGCGACAUUGCAUCUUCCCACCACUUCAAGAGGCACUCCCAAUUUCGUUUAUCUGCUUGUGCUUCUACCACUGGUUCUUCUCUUAAAUGCCCGGUGUGCAACCAGGCCCAUUCUUUGUCGAGGUGCGAGAAAUUCAUUCAGUUUUCGAUGGCUGAGCGACAGCGGGCAGUCAACUCGAGGCGACUGUGCCACAAUUGUCUGAAAGGGAACCAUUUCGUUCGCAACUGUCCCUGUGAUCUGAACUGCAGAAAAUGCAACCAGCGUCACCACACUCUUUUGCAUUUCGAUCAAUCCAACGGUCCUAGAAAGCCCAACAAUGAGAAUAUUUCGCGCCACCCGGAUUCUAGGCAACCGAUUCCAACCAAUUCCAUCGACAAUCGUGGGCAAACAACCGUUGCGGCGACGGAAAUACCUCUUUCGAUUGAAACGAGUGCUUCUCUCCAACAACCACGCGAGAACGUAUUUUUGCUUACAGUCAUCGUAAACGUGAUCGAUGCAUUCGGACAUGCACAUCCAGCGCGAGCACUGUUGGACAGUGCAUCGCAGCCGAAUCUAAUUUCAGAGCGUGUCGCACGAAUUCUUCGUAUGAAAAGGAGUCCCGUUAACAUUACUGUUCAAGGUGCCGGUCAGCUAUCCAAGGCGAUACGUGAAUCGGUAUACGCCCAGAUCACUUCAAGAAAAGAGAAUUUUUCGUGCGGCGUUAACUUUCUUGUGAUGGAUAAGGUCACCGCCGACCUACCUGCACAAACCAUCGAUACAAAGAUGUGGAAUAUUCCAAAGGACCUGUUCCUGGCGGACCCAGCAUUUAACAAAAGCCAGCCAAUCGAUAUGGUCAUCGGCGCUAAACACUUUUACUCUUUCUUCCCAACCGCGUCUCGAAUACAGCUGCACGGCAAUCUUCCGUUAUUAGUAGAUAGCGUUUUCGGAUGGAUUGUGGCAGGCUCUGCGGGUUCAGCUUUCUCUAUACCAAGCUUGACAUGUACCUCCAACUCUUGCAGUGUAGUAGCUGUAUCGAUGGUCUCUUUGGAGGAAAGUCUAGAACGAUUCUGGCAAAUGGAGGAACUAACUACCAAGGACAACUAUUCCACCGAAGAACGGCAUUGUGAGUCCUUUUACCAGUCAACGGUUGCGAGAAAUUCCGAAGGACGAUAUAUGGUUCGUUUACCCAGAAAGCAAGACUUCGCCGUUAUGCUAGGCCAGUCUAAAACAAACGCAUUGCGCCGAUUCGAAUUUCUAGAGAGACGUUUGGAACGAGACUCCAGUUUGAAGCAGGAGUACCUCCAGCUUGGGCACAUGCAGUUGGUCAAACCCGAAGAUACUAGCUGUGGUAUAGAAUACUACUUACCCCAUCACCCAGUAGUUAAAGAAUCCAGCACGACGACAAAGGUUCGCGUCGUAUUUGACGGCUCAGCAAAAACUUCCACUGGAUUUUCGCUCAACGAUGCUCUUUGCGUCGGACCAGUGGUUCAGGAUGACCUACUCGCCAUAAUUCUUCGCUUCCGUACAUACCCGAUCGCCCUCGUCGGAGACGUGGCAAAAAUGUACCGACAAGUUCUAGUGCACCCCGACGAUACUCCAUUGCAGCGCAUUUUAUGGCGGUUCUCUCCAGAAUCGCCUAUUCAAACGUACGAAUUGCGUACUGUGACCUACGGUCUAACUCCGUCCUCCUUUCUCGCAACACGCACGCUUCAGCAAUUGGCAAACGACGAAGGAGGAUCGUAUCGAUUUGGCAGCAAGGCUUUACGAAAAAAUUUCUACGUCGACGACUUCAUCGGCGGGGCAAAGUCGGUAGACGAAGCCAUUCACCUCCGCACAGAGCUUAGCGAAUUACUCGAGAAGGGAGGAUUUGAACUUCGUAAGUGGACAUCAAAUCGGCUUGAUGUUCUGCAGGGAUUGAACGACGAUGAAAUUGGCACCCAAUCUACAUUACAAUUCACCCCCCAUGAAACAAUAAAGGCGCUUGGAAUUAACUGGGAGCCGGAAGGAGAUUUUCUACGGUUCGAUUCGCAUGUGCAGCAUCGCGAUGAAGCACCUACCAAACGUUCCAUUUUAUCGGAUAUUGCGAAAUUAUUCGACCCACUUGGCCUCAUUGCUCCGGUCAUAGUUAGAGCCAAAAUUCUAAUGCAAGAGAUGUGGUUAUUAUCGACUGGUUGGGAUGAGCCAGUUCCUGAAAAUGUUUGUCAUAAGUGGAAUAAAUAUCAUCAGGAGCUGCCCAAAAUCUCUGCCUAUCGAGUAACCCGCUAUGUAUUACUUCCACAAUCAACCAUCCAGUUGCAUACAUUUGCAGAUGCAUCCGAAUCGGCAUACGGUGCAUGCACGUACGCCCGCUGUAAAGACGAAAUGGGAAACGUAAGAAUUCAGCUUCUCGCCGCCAAGUCACGAGUCGCCCCACUAAAGCGUCUCACCCUUGCCCGUCUUGAACUUUGCGCUGCUGUUUUGGCUUCGCAUCUGCAUGAUCGCAUCAAGCAGGCCAUAGAUGUUGAAGUUUCUGCCUCGUACUUCUGGUCGGACUCCGCCGUCACGCUGCAGUGGAUUCGAUCACCUCCAAACACUUGGCAAACGUUCGUAGGGAAUAGAGUCUCUGAGGUGCAGCAUUAUACCCAUGGCUGCCAGUGGAUGCACAUAUCUGGAUGCGAAAAUCCGGCUGACCUAGUAUCCCGUGGAAUGUCGGUAGAAGAUUUUCUGAAAAGUACGUUGUGGGACCAAGGCCCCCGCUGGUUGUCACUGACCGAAGGAGAAUGGAAAACUCGUACCCCGCCAAUUGUUGCUGAUGAUGUACUCGAAGUGCGACACGUCGUAGCAGCUGUGCAAUUGAACACAUCGGUCAAUCCGUUAUUUCUUCGCUGGUCAUCGUUCACUCGCCUGCUUCACGUCAUUGGAUACUGUAUCCGUUUUAUAGUCAAUACACGUAAAAGAACCAGAACUCAGCCUCCCCCCACAUCGAAUCCAGCGAGAACAUUAUCUGUGGAAGAGUUAUCGAAAGCCAAAACGUUAAUAGUUCGACUUGCACAACAAGAAGCCUUCGCCCCAGAAAUCAGAGAGCUGGAAAAGGGAAUUCGGUUCCAAAGCGUUCGCACGUCCGUCAAAUGA